GCGGCGCCGGUUCACGUCCCCGAGCCCCUGCCAUUACCCGGCCGGCUCCCCCCCAAAAAAACAGGCGGGUUUGAAGAAAAAACAGCGAGUUUCUGGAAAAGACGGUUUUCAGAAAAACGGCGAGUUUCUAAAAAAGCAGCAGGUUUGCAAAAAAAAAAAAAAAAAAACCGGAAUUUCCCCCCAAAGCAGCAGAUUUGCGAAAAAUCCCAGCGACUUCCCGAAAAAGCGGCUGAUUUGGAAGAAAAGCAGCAAGUUUCUGAAAAAGCAGCAGGUUUGCAAAGCAAACCCAGCAAGUUACUGAAGAAGCAGUGGAGUCGCCAAAAAAAAAAAAAAAACCAGCAACCAAAAAACCCCCAAGUUUCUGAAAAAGCAGCGAGUUUCCAAAGAAAAAUAAAGCCAAUUUCCAAUCCGCUGUGGGCGAGCGAGCGUUAUCCGAAGAGUUUCGCUGCCAGACGCUGAUAAACAUCCCUCGGCUGAGCUGAGCACCGGACACCAUGGAUGCACGGCGCUGGAGGGGUCUCCCGCCCGGGAAUCUUUCCGACUGUCCCAACGGCUCCCGCUGGGUGAUGGACGUGUUCAACGAAUGCGCCCAGGACGGCCAGGACAUCGCCAGCGUCGUACUGGGUCUGGUUUCCAUCUUCUGCUUUGCGGCUGCCUCUUUUCCGCAGUUUUACCAAGCCUGCAAAACAGGCAUCAUGGACCGGGCUCUAUCCAUAUAUUUCCUGCUGGGAUGGCUGGGCGGAGACCUCCUAAACCUCAUCGGUUCCUUCCUGGCCGAUCAGUUGCCCCUGCAGGUUUACACAGCUGUUUACUACGUGCUCGCAGACCUGGUGAUGCUGUCUCUCUACUGCUAUUACAAAGUGAAGAAUCGGGGCGGAGGAUUUGCUGCCCCAAUCAACGCAGCCUUUGUCUUCCUUUCCCUGGGGACGGUGUCGACCGUGUCCUUCUUGGGCAGAGGUGCUGCCAUGGUGCAGGACCCGGCGACGUUCAAAGGGAGGUCUCUGCUGUCCGCUCGCGUGGAUGAGUUUGGGUCGAAGCCUUUCACCAGGAGCAAGAUCAUUGGCUUCACCAUCGGCUCCAUCUCCUCCGUGCUGUACCUGUGCUCCCGAGUCCCCCAGAUCUACACUAACUACAAGAGGAAAUCCACCACCGGCGUCUCCUACUCCCUCUUUGCCCUGGUCAUGCUGGGGAACUUGCUCUACGGCCUCAGCGUCCUCCUGAAGAACCCCGAGCCGGGGCAAGGCGAAGGCGACUACGUCCUGCGCCACCUCCCCUGGCUGGUGGGCAGCCUGGGCGUCCUUUCCCUCGACGUGGUUAUCUCCUUCCAGUUCCUUGCUUAUCGGAGAGGAACACCCGCUGCCUGUGGAGAGAGGGAUGCUCUUCUCAGCGAGCGGGGUGACAGCCUGGAGAGCUGACAAAGGGACCGGCCCCGGAGUGAGAAUAGGAUGAUGCAGACGAGAAAGCUGGCCUUAACGCCGGGCAAACCAGCCCCUCCAUCCUGGUGGCUCUUGGGAGAGGAGGACCUGAGCCAGUGGGUGACAUGUUGUGCUGCUAAGACGCUAAGCCCGGCCAGGUGGCAGAGGGUGCUGCUGAGAGACCUUGUGGCUCUUUGAUACCAAUGAUGCUAUCAGGAUAAACAGGGAGUUAUUUGAUACCUCAAAAGGUCGCUCUUCGCUGCUCUCACACCCGACCGCUGAGCUCGGUCACUUGUGCUUUACCUGCUGUCUCUCCAGGGUGAUCUGGAGCUUCCCCAGUAUUGGCAAACGUUAGAAGAGCCUAAGGGGUUGCGGGGAGGGGACAGAGAUGACGGACAUGCCACGAACACGAGCACCCCUUAUCUCUGUGGGCCUCAUGUCUCCACCAGUGAGCUCUUUCUGGAAGAUAUAGCAGUGACUGGAACCAGCUCAGAAGGAAGGAGCAGCAUAACCAAAGCGUUUCAGUCCACACAUACCUAUUUUAAUUAGCACAGCUCACAUGUCUAUAAAAAAAGUCCCUGCCCCACAUACCUCCUUUGGUUUUAUUUUGCCAGUUCAUCUGGCAGCUCCUGCCUCUUUCUUAAUGCAUGUUAUAGUCCCCAUUUCUCUGACUUCUCACUUCUUGCCUCACCCACGUUUAAAUCACAAGGAUUUCUUGGGGAAGUUGCUUCAUCGCUUUCUGGUUAGCUGCGGAGGCAGUUACCCAGGCAGAAGAUGCUGCCUCCCUGCUCAGUCUGGUUUUUGGUCCUGCCCUCUCCCAUUGAUGAAUUUAUGCCCAACACUGAUGAAUUUAUCCCCCUCCCGAGGCCCUGCACACCAGCACGGUGGCUCCUUGACCGCAGCAGGGCUGGAAACCGCAGCGGUUUGGGAAAAGCCAUGUCCCCAGCAGGAGAGAUGCUUUCGGGUGGGUAGGGGGAGAGCGGUGGCGUAGCCAGGAGAUGGCUGCUUCAGCCUGGCACUGUGGGCUCCCUCCUGUGUGCCGAGCUAUUUCUGCUGGGGAGGAGCAGCUCGAUCUCACUGGGCAAGCAAGAAGAAUAUCAACCAAAGCUUGCAGGCCCUUCAAGAAAAGUUAGCACAAGUUGUCCUUUUAAAAACAAGAACUUUCCUUUUCCUGCAGUCACUCUUAGCUUUUCUUUUUGCUCCCCUUUUCUCCUUCUCCAGCUGCUUUCCCAAUACCCAACGCUUCCCCGCUGCCCACCCAUGCAGCUCCCUGCUCCGUGCCCCUUCUGGGUUUAGCUGUAUUAUCACAAAUUUACAAUUAGUCAGUCCCAUGACAUUUGUCCUUGCCAGUAUUUGGAGCUGAGUCAUGUUUUCAGAAAGGAAAAUUAUUUUUUCAGGCUCUUUGACCCUCCCCUCAACAAAGCUGGUGGCUUUUUCACUCCAUUAAUUCACAAUUCUCGUGGUCGAUGGGGCUGCUCGCCUCUUCCCUGGCCUCAAGCCAGCAGCAUUUCCUCUGCUUUUUCCCUAGGAGUUGCAGAAAAACAUUUCAUAUCCAGUACUAAUACAAACCACAAGCAGAGUCCUAGCAAGGUAGAAAGCACAGCUUCGUUAGACCUCAAUACCUAUUUAUUACAGAUAAAGACCCUGGGGCUUGGUUUUAUUAAAGGAGUGUUUUUUGACAUUUGCUAGCUCAGCCCUGAAGUGCUGGGGAAGGCACGGUUGGUUUACCGAGAGCGGGAUUUACUAAGCUGACCUACGGCAGGGGGGUAGGAUGGAAUUUGGCACACCUACGUUAUGGAAACAAAGCUUCAUGACACUAGAUAAUUGCCAUGUACCAGCUGACCAAGAGCUUUUCUUAAAACCAAAAAAAACCACCUCUAAUAUAAGGAGGUAAUAAAAAAAAAAAAACCUAUGUUUAUGUGCCAGCAGCCAUCUAGGUGGUGGUGGAUGGAAAUUCAUGUCGCAAAAAGGCUCUCACUGAGGUUAUCAUCCCUCCGAGACUGUAAUGCAGCCCUGUCCCCCAAAGAACCUGCAAUUUAAGAUUUUGCAGAGGCAAGUGUUAAACCAGAAAAGGCACGGACCAGAAACAACUUGUCCCGGAGUGAGAACGUAAGCCGGUGGUAGGCUGGGGGCUGUAGCAGCCCAGCCAAAGCUGGAGGUUAGUAGGCAAACCAUCAGGCUCCACUGCUUUGAGAAGAGAAAGAGGAAUAAACUGCUGCUGCAGCUGCAUCAAUCCUCCGGCUCGUACCUGUACGACUGCUCUGCGGAAAGGGUAUAUCCCCGCACACAAGCAGUUAGGGUGUCUCUGUAUAGCCCAAGCCUGUACAUUAAAUUUAUCUGAGAUGAGAUGUGGCUUUGGAGAAGGAAAACAAACCCCCUGAAAGCUUUAGCAUGCAACAACUGGAAACAGGCGAGAGGAACAGCGAGUCUCCCCCCUCCUGGGCUAACACGCUCCUUUCUGAGCUUCAAGAGUUCACGCAAACUUAUCCCCAGCUUCAAAAAAGGUUCUGCCUUGGACAGAACCAAGAGACGACAACAACAGAAUCUCAACGUGUUCCCCUUGGGGAUCCCAGCUUUGAGGCAAGCACGUGUGCACCUUUCCCCAGCCUGCGUCCCAUAUGAGCUGCAUUAUACAGACCAGAGGCCCCCGGGUAAAUACUGCGGCACGGGACCGUAAUCGCCUGCAGAUGUCUGGAUGUGAAAUAGGUCACAUUAGAAAAGCAAAAUUAAGAGCACGUUAAUCAAUAUUAAUGCCAACAGUCUCAGUUUACAUAGGUUCACCCAAAGGCUGAUUCCAACGGCCACGUGCAGGAAGAGCCCAGCAGGUAUUUGCUUUCUCAAUUUUGCCAGGAUUAAGAGUUUGUUCUAACCAAAGCACAUUGAAGUAGGCAGUGGACCUGAAGCUGAGCAAGGUCCCUCUGACCACCACACGUUUAAAGAGGGGGAAAAAGUCUGGAUGAGGUUCACAAAUCACAUGGGGACCAAGCAGAGAAGGAGCUUUUGGGUGAGCACCGAUGCCUGGAACCAUCCACCUCAAACUGCCGAGUGAACUGAAACGCCUCUCCUGUGCCCACCUGAGGGGUUUCAACCCACAGGUUCCUCCCCCCACUAUUUUUAACACACCCAGAAAAGCUGGACUAAUCCUUCUUCUCUCAAUACAUCUGUUCCAUGUUUGCUGGAUGCCUGAAGCAUCAAUCCCAGCAGCGGGAUGCCAGCAUCCCAGUGCCAGCAUCUUGGAAGUACAACAGGCUGACGAGUAAGCAGCUACGUAACGCUCCACGCGUGAAGAGCAGCCGUACAUCACACCCUCUUCAAAACAAACAAGUUUCAGCUAAUCUAGUUGUGAGGAAAAAAAAAAAAAAAGCUUUCUUGCUUUCCGUGGCUAUAUAAUCCAGCAGCUGGUUGGAUUACAGAUAUGCUCGGUGUUUGCCUUUGUUUUCAGGCACAUCUAUCUACCAACAGCCAGAGCGACUGCUUCCAGUUGCUAUAAAGGAAAAUGUUUACAGCACAAACCCCAAGUAACACUGCAAGGAAGGAAAGAGAAAUAAGGAGGACACCAACUGCACACACUGCUUCCUGGGAUUUUUUUUUAUUUUAUUUUUUUGUUUUAGUCUUUUUUUUUUCUUUUUUUUUUUUUUUUUUUUUUUUAGUAUGGAGGCUCAAGUAUCAGAUGUAGAUUCAAUUUAAGCUUUACAAAAAACAAAAUCAAAACAAAAACCCCUUUUGCAUUCCAUAAAAAUUGACAGAAAAGCGCCUUGGAACCAGGCUAUAGAAGAGCAGAACUUUCAGCAGGUCUCCUAAUCAACGUCUCCUUGCAAAUCUGGUUUAGUCAGUAUAGUACAACACCGAGGAACACCCUCUCUUCCCUCCCACCCACCAGCCAUCCCCUGUGCCCAGCCCCCAAACAUACGUGGAAUAGAUUAUUUUUUUUUUCCAGUUCUUCCUCUUUCACACACCACAGUAUUUAAUAAAUUUUUGUUUUACAUUUUUUACACCAAUGUAACAAAAGGCAGGAGGGGGUGGGAAGGAAAAGACAAACAAUGAUCCGUGUUUAUGCAUAUAAAUGGGGAAGGGUGGAAGAGGGGGGGGAAAAAAAUACAUGGACUUCUACAGAAACGUAGCCUAAGGUCUCAAUAGUAAAAUGUGGUGCAAAGUAGGCCUCAGAGACUGAAAAAGUUUGUACAGCUUUAUUCAUGGGGAGAAGAUGGCGUUGCAUGGAUAGUACUGAAUGCAAAUUGUGACGUGACGUAACAGAAAAGGGCAAGGGGGGGAUGAGUUUUCUAAGAAAGGAAUCUAAUGAGUGCAUGGCAUGUCUUUUUAGCAUGAAGAGUAUUUUAACUUUGCUGCUUUCUCUUCAAAGCCUCCACCAGGUCGUUUUUAAGAGCUUCUUGUUUUGAUUUGUCUGCAAAAGUCUGCACAGACCUGCGGGGAAGAAGGAAAUGCAAGUCAGAGGCGAUGCAUUUGAGAGAUGGAGUUUUUAACAGUUCUCCUGGCAUGUGAGUCAAUAGGAAGGAGAAGCACCUCAACCCAGGCUUAGAGGGAACAAAACUCAGCUUGCCUGUUUUAAUACGGAAAGCAGAAGGCAAAAUGAACACUUCAGUGAGUAUAUCAAAGCGAAAUUCACUCUAGCAAGGAUGGCACCAAGAGACACGCUUCCCCAGAAGUUCCACUCGGCCUCCAGUUGCUGGAGGGCGAUUCCCAAUUUUUUACGUUACAGAUUGGAAAAACCCCAGUGUACCACCAGCAAAGGGUGUUAGCGCUCUCGCUCUCCCAGUGACCGUGACGGGAAGGCAGAGAAAAUCCAGCCUCCACCCACGAACGUGAAAAGGGCCAGGCUGGGGGAGCUCCUGAACCUUUUUGCAGACUGUUCACCCAGGGUCGAGCAGCCGCAUCAAGACUUCCCUCCAGUGUAUUCACCAGUGGGAAAGGCAGCCAGAGUUUCUGUUCUUGAAUUUGGUUUUCCAGUUUGUACCUUACCUAGAGCAGUUAGUGAAUCAAAGCAGCCAAAGAAGAACAGAGAUACUGUCAGCAAGAUUAUUGCAGGGGUUCCCUUUAUGCUAAAAGUUUGGUUAUAGAAGAAAAGCUACAUUUUUUAGGAGUCAUCUUGGCUCACCGCCCUGUAAGAUCAUUGUGGAGGAACCUCCAUUUUCAAUGGUACAAUAAGAAAUUUCCACUUUUAAAAAAGCCCUCUUAAAUGUGACCAUUGAUAGAAUACUAAUACUAAUAAUCUUCAGGAGUUGCUACCGCAGAGAAGUGGUUAGGAUCCAGUUUGGUAGGAUUUCUCCCCACAUAAACCAUAUUUCACACCCUUUUCAGUACUCAAAGCUACCUUAUUUUGCCUGGAUGCUGUCUCCUGUAAACAAGGCCGCUCUUUGUGUCAGUUAUUUUCCUAACAUUUUUAUAACAGUAUUUCCAUUCUCUUGUCUCUGGAGACUUCCGCUGCUUUAAUAAAAAUAUAUACAUUUUA